UGGUUUGAUUGGUAAACACCUUGUUUUGUCUGAGAUUUCAUUCAUUUCAUUUUCGUCAUUUUCUUAAUUGAAUCAAAAUUAUUCUGACAACAAGCAAUAUUUUGAUUUUGUUAAUUUUGUCGUCCAUUCGUUGUUAAUGUGUUGCGUGAUUGCUUGAAAAAAUAAAUAUUUUUGAUUGCAAAUAAUGAUGUCACCGAAUAUGAUGAUGAUGAAAGAAUCACCCAUCACUGCAUCGACUUUAACGUCAACAUCAACAUCCUCGCCGACCACAGCAACCAGCAAUAUAAUGUCGACAAUAAUGUCACCAUAUUAUCAUCGUUAUGGUUAUAUCGGCUCCACAAUUGAUCAUCAAUCAUAUCAUGGCAAUCGAGUCAACAACGAAUCUGUAAUCAAAAAAACAUCAUCAUCGCUAUUUUUGAUUGAUCAAAUUCUCAAAACAAACGAUUAUCAAACGGUAUCUGAUUGUCGAUCGGCUACCAGUGAAACUGAUGGAUCCAAUGAAACCAAUGAUAUCGACUGCAUCGAUACACUCGAUGAUGAUAAUGAUGAUGGCUGCGGCAGUCGAAAAAAUUGUUCACCACUCAUCGAUGAUGCGGAUGAUACAGAUUUAUCGUUGGAAUCGAUGCGUUCAUUAUCGGGCGGCAAUCGUCGUAAAAUCCGUCGCAGUCGUACUACAUUCACCACUUAUCAAUUGCAUCAAUUGGAAAGAGCUUUUGAAAAGACUCAAUACCCGGAUGUGUUCACACGUGAAGAAUUGGCCAUGAGAUUGGAUCUGAGCGAAGCUCGAAUUCAGGUCUGGUUCCAGAACCGAAGAGCCAAAUGGCGAAAACGUGAGAAAUCGGGCCAUAAUGAUGAAUCGACAAGUCCGAUGAUGAUGAUGAUGAUGCCAAACAGCGAUCAACUAAUCAACGAUCAACAACCACCAGCAAAACAAUCUACCAUUGCAUCUUCAUCAACCAAUUCGGCCACUAUUUAUUCACAAAGUACAGACAGGUCAAAGAUGCCGCCACCACCACCGUCAACAACAACAAUGACCAAUGCCAGCAACACCCUUACCACACCUUGCAACAAUUCGACCACGACAAUGGCAACAUUGCCGCCGCCGACAAUGUCCAUCUCAAAUUACAUCAAUCCUGCUCAACAUUGGUCAUUGAAUGGACAUUUACCGACACUGUUUCAACCAAAUGUAACAGUUCCAUCACCGUCAUCAUCAUCACCAUCAGCACUGUCAAAUUAUUUGCUACAGCAACACUUUUUGCGUUGGCCUGCGGCUGCAGCAGCCGCAGCUGCUGCCUAUUUAUUCGGUGGUGGUGAAGGUAAUCAUCAUGGUAAUCAUGGCGGUGAUCGAUUGGAACAAUGGGAAACAUAUCUAAAAGAAAUUCAAUUGUUAAAUGAUGAUGUUGUUGGUGAUCAACGGUAAUCACUUUUACAAAAUACAGACUAAAUCAAUAAAUUUGUACAGACCUUAAUCAAUAAAAAUAAAAUGAAAAAUCUAAAUCA